AUGAUGCAGGAAAUCACCGACCAAUCCUCCAGGACAGUGCUCCUGAACACCUUUGUGGUAAAGAAGAAACGGUGCAGGGUCUACUUUCAUCGCGGCACGCUGAUAUGGGAAACGGAGAAACCACCGUACACAAGAUGGACUCUGCCGUUAACGGAUGUGCUCGCGGUUCGCUAUGGGGACGAUUGGAUACCCGGGGCGAACGUUAAGGAGAAACAACCCCCUACAUCGCCCACCUCGUCCACCGUUUGUCCGACGAAUUUUAUUUUACACUACGCCGUUCGUGGGCCACAAAUGAAAUGGAGCCAUCACAGUGUGACAAUGAGCCACACAGAUCCCAGGCAAGUUGCAUCCUGGGUGAAAACCAUACGAAAUUACUUGAUGGGGCUCACCCAUCGUCCAAGAAAGAUAUUACUAUUCGUCAACCCUUUUGGAGGGAAGAAGAAGGGGUUGAAAAUUUGGGAAAAAGAUGUGCAACCGUUGAUGACCAUCGCGGGUAUCGAGACCAAGAUGUUGGUCACGGAAAGAAUUGGCCAUGCUCGUGAUACUCUUUUAACGGCAGAUUUAAGCGAUUUUCAUGCUGUGGUGUGCAUCGGAGGUGACGGUACUCUCGCGGAGGUGAUCAACGGUCUUGUACUGAGAACCUCUAAGGAGCAACAAAUCGAUCCGAACGACCCUGAAGUAUCUCUGCCGACUCCGUUAUUGCCGAUUGGGGUGAUACCCAGUGGUAGCACCGACACGGUGGCGUACAGCCUCCAUGGGACAACCGACGUUCAGACGGCUGCGAUACAUAUCAUUUUUGGCGACAGUACCGGCCUCGACAUCUCCUCUGUUCACAGCGAACAGACCCUAUUGAGGUUGUACGCCAGUGUGCUUAGCUAUGGAUACCUGGGCGACGUGAUACGAGACAGCGAGAAGUUCAGGUGGAUGGGACCCCAGAGAUACGACUACUCGGGUUUCAAGAAGAUAAUCGCGAACAAAGGUUACGAAGGCGAAAUACAGCUUCUUUCUGACCCUUGUCACCCAGCAACGAGUACAAGAUGCACCAAAAAUUGCACAAGGUGUUUGCAGCACAUGCACAAAAGCGUUCCUGAUAAAGAAAUUUCUAGAUGGAUGACCAUCAGAGGCAAAUUUUUCAUGGUGAACGGUGCUAAUCUAGCGUGUGCCUGCUCUAGGAGUCCCAUGGGAUUCAGCCCUCAUUGCCAUCUGGGUGAUGGUUGCGUGGAUGUGAUUCUAGUUCGGCACACCUCGCUUUUUAAUAACAUAAGAAUGUUGCUCAGGCUGACCAGCAAACAGAAGACUCUGUACGAUCUACCUUUCGUCGAGGUGUACAGAGCAAGGGAGUUCACGUUUCGUGCCCUCUCCACAUUGCACAUGCAGUCUGAUAGCGAGAUUAACAGUCGCUAUAUGAACUCGAGCCUGAGUGUGUGGAAUUGCGAUGGCGAGGUAAUCGAUAACUCCAACGUGAAAAUCAGGGUACACUGCCAACUAGUGAACGUGUUUACCAGGCGAGCCGAGGAAGCAGUUCACGAAAGGACGUGUUUUUGUUAAUGGCAAUCACCGAUUGAUAUUCUAAUACCGCGCUCUUUAACACCUUGACGAUCAAAUGUUAUGUUUCAUUUUUUAUAGAGCAGUAAGAGUAGCAAUCUGGUGAAACGAGGUUAAUGGUAGAAUGUAUGGGAAUGGUCGUCAAAGUGUUAAGAUAAGAGGAAUGACGACGCGCGUUUCGGCGGGGAUACGAUGCCAUUGAAAUCGUAUAGUUCCUUCGACUUGCCCCAAUUUACUCGAUAUCAAGAUGUCGCCAUGCGAUGUGCGACUGAGACAAACAAUCAAAGUUGUUUGACCAUGAUAUUUUGUGACUCGUGGAUGAUGUGUUAAUUAUGAGCUUGGUAUGUACCCAAAUUUCAGGGUUUAGUUAUUUAAAAGGUCAGACAUUUAAGAGUCUAAUUGUAAGAAUCACAAAAUACCAUAGUCGCUCGAUUAUUAAUCGAAUAAUUCUACCGACUGCUGGUUGGCACAUGAUUCCAAGCUAAACGUUUUGACCCAGUGCGAAUGAAAUCAACGCCUAAACUAACCGAGAACUAUCUAAACGUCCACGACAGACCUCGGCAUCCGAAAACUAUCCCCGUUUGCAUGAUACUCGGCAUGGAAAAUUCUCUUACGUUUCCUUCGUAUUUUUAGAUUAUUAUAAUUCAGAAUUGUCUCAACAUUCCACUCGCGCGAAUCAGAUUGCACUUACGAAAUUUUGUACAAACACGACCUGGCUUUUUCCUGGUCGUUUCUUUUUCUGAUGUCGCAUUGCUACACUGGUCGCGCGGGUUUUUCGUACUUAAACAAAAGAAACGAAACGAGGAAACGAGAGAUAAAUAUAAUCUUAGAUUCGGUGCACGGAUAUGGAUUCUUCCUUGUAUGAUAUUUCCAAGGAUAUUACACCAUUAGGACACUUAACACUCUGAUGGUAUCGUAUGUUUGUGAAUUUCAUUGAUAACGUGGCUCUAAUUAAUAUUAUUAUUUGGAGCCCAGCCAAAGUUGUAAUUCUAUACUUAUAUUGUUUUACUUACUGUUAGAUUUGAAAGGCUAGGUGUUUGGAAAAUUUACAGAGUUAGUGUCAAUUAUUUUCAUAAAUUGUUUAUGUUAUUUUAUGGUAUGUACAGAGUCAUCAAAGUGUUAAGUUUAACCGAUGAUAGGGUUCGUUCGUAGAAAGUAUGUACAGUACGAGGAGUAUCCUCCUCCAGAAAACUCAGUAUAUUUUUCACGUUCGUCAAUAAAGUGUCUCGUCUUCGAUAGCACUAUAGUGUAACGAUAUAUUUUAAAGAGAAAGACAAAAGUACGACGAGACGUGUAUUUUGAUUAAACAGAGAGCGAUUUUAGCUGGCUGUUAGAGCUUAAAAACAUUUACAAUUAAGCUAAGCAAAUUAAAGAAUUUCGAGCGGCAUUUACUUUACCAGAACAAGUAUUUCGAACUAUUUAUUUAACGCUAGAACAUAGGCUCUAUAGAAGAAAAUAUUUGGAUCACUUCGAAUACAAAAGUUUUUACUUUUGAACGAUUUCAAGACACGAAAUAUGAGCAACGAGAGGAAAUGAUUUUUUAAUUUAUUCUUUUCUAGUCUGUUGCGUUCGCGUUAAGACACGAGCACUCCGUCCUUAGUUUCCAUUUUUACUGACCCUAUAUAUUGUAAAAGGGCGAAAGUUUCUCUCGUUGCCUCGCUAAACAUAGACAUUUAAUUCCUGAAGAAUGUUUUUCCAUUUAAAAUCUUCUGGAAAAUUUUGUUCCUCAAAAUUGUUAGAUUCUUUGAAAUGUCCAUUUUCUUACUUUUCUACGAUAUUUAUUUUGAUAUUGUUCUUGCAGUAUACGAAGGUCUUUCAUUUAACGUUUUCUUCUGUUGUAUUGAUUUUAAUUUCCGGUUCUUAAGGGUGACAUAUCACACAGGAUAAAUAGUGUACCUUGCGAUUGCACGAGCCGCAUACCGAACUUCGUCCAAAUGCAUUUUAUUCCCCUCUAUUUUUAUGUACAUGCUUGGCUAACUCGUUUUCAAUUCGACAACUCGUUGCUUCUUUGACCGUUUGCGCUCCGACAACCCUUCAUUUCUGUUUUGAGAAUAUAUUUCUUGAAUUAUACUUUCAUAUUGUGAAUGUUUCAUAUGAUUAAUUGUUCUUUCCGUGAAAGAAAUGGAAACUUGAAAUGUUGUUAAUUUAAUUAUAAUGUUAAUUGUUAAUUGUAAUUUAGUUUAGUUGAAUUUCAAAAUUUUGUUAGAAUAAAGAAAUGGAGGAUCGCAAAGGGUUAACGAUCAACAUAAUUAGCGACUAGAUAGAAAUUAUUUUGUAGAUUCGUGUAUACAGGCUGUACAGAUAUACAUACACACGUAUAUAUAUAUAUAUAUAUAUUAUAUAUAUAAAUACAUAUGUAUAUAUUAUAUAUUUUAAUUACGAGGUAUUUAUAUAGAGAGAGCCGAAAAAAUGUCGCGAUACAACUGUAACAAGCGUGUUUACUAAUUAAUUUGAAAUUAAUUUUGUGAUGGUGCACCGAAUGUUGAAAUGGCUGCGUAUAUUAAUAAAAAUUGUACUUCACUUUUU